GUACAAGUACAAGGAUACAGCCGCAGGCCCGCAGAGGAAGAGGAGAGCCUACUCUCCUGCCAUGGCCGCGCCGAGUCCGCUCCCCCGCUUCCUGAUACUCCUGCUCGCCGUAACCUCCUCCGCGUUUGCCGCCGCCGCGGCAACCGGGGCUCCGGUGGUGGGGGAGGACUACGUCCGUCCGCCGCCGGCGCGGUGCCACCGCAAGGCACUCCUUAGCCUCUUCCCUUGGAGCAAGAAGGAGGAGUCCGCCGCCUCCUCCGAUCCGCAGCAGGUGCACAUUUCUCUAGCUGGAGAAAAGCACAUGAGAAUAACAUGGGUUACCAAUGAUAACUCUGUCCCAUCUGUGGUGGACUAUGGAACUAAAGAAAGUACAUACACAAUGAAAUCUCAAGGAGAAAGCACAUCCUACAGCUACUUAUUGUAUAGUUCAGGAAAAAUUCAUCAUGUUGUCAUCGGACCUCUUGAAGAUAACACUAUUUAUUACUACCGAUGUGGAGGGCAGGGUCCAGAAUUCCAAUUUAAGACCCCGCCCUCCCAAUUUCCUUUGUCAUUGGCUGUUGUUGGUGAUCUUGGUCAGACUAGUUGGACAACAUCAACCCUGAAUCACAUUAAGCAGUGUGAGCAUGAUAUGCUUUUACUCCCUGGUGAUCUAUCUUAUGCUGAUUAUAUGCAACACUUGUGGGAUUCCUUCGGCACAUUGGUGGAGCCACUUGCUAGCAACCGGCCUUGGAUGGUGACAGAAGGCAACCAUGAGAAGGAGCACAUUCCAUUUUUUGAGUCAGGAUUUCAAUCUUAUAAUGCACGAUGGAAAAUGCCUUAUGAAGAGAGCGGAUCUAGAUCAAAUUUGUACUACUCUUUUGAAGUUGCUGGUGCACACAUCAUAAUGCUAGGUUCAUACACAGAUUAUGAUGAUAGCUCAGAUCAGUAUGCUUGGCUAAAGGCUGAUCUUGCCAAGGUUGAUAGAAAGAGGACACCCUGGCUCAUUGUGUUGUUGCACGUACCAUGGUACAAUAGCAAUUGGGCUCAUCAGGGUGAAGGCGACAGUAUGAUGGCUUCAAUGGAGCCUUUGCUGUACGCUGCUCAUGUGGAUAUGGUAAUAGCAGGUCAUGUCCAUGCUUAUGAACGUGCGGAGCGAGUCUACAAUUCCAGACCUGAUCCUUGUGGCGCUGUCCACAUAACUAUCGGCGACGGUGGGAACCGUGAAGGCUUGGCCCGCAGGUACCGUAACCCGAAGCCAGCGUGGUCGGUCUUCAGGGAAGCGAGCUUUGGGCACGGCGAGCUAAAGAUCGUGAACUCCACCCAUGCCCACUGGACCUGGCACAGAAACGACGACGAAGAGCCGGUGAGAACCGAUGACGUGUGGAUAAACUCUCUUGCUGGUUCAGGGUGCAUCCAGGAGGGCAGCCGUGACCGUGAGUCGAGGAAGAUCCUGAUGUCUCCUUGAUGCUUAGCAGUAUAGCUUGGGCCUGCGAUGUACUGUGUAUAUAAUGCGUGCUACUUGAUAAUCUAACACCUAGUAAAAGUUAAUGCGUCGUGCUGCUUGCCUGCGUGUAUACUGGAGACUGGUUUGAUCUGGCGCGUUUGCUGCUCUUGUUGUGUUGUACCACUAUGGAUGUUUGUAGCAAAGUGACAUACGACGGUGUUGUAAUGGACUGAAGAUGAAUAGAUGAUGUUCCAGUAA